CUCUCUGAGUCUGAACCUGGAAGCGCCCUCGAAAGGAAAACACUUGUUUAACACACAGGAAGUAGGUUUAGCUCCACCCCCUGCAUCCGCCAUCUCCUGUUACUACAUGGGAAGGCGGGCGAAUUUGAAAAAAGAGCAUAUUCGUUUGCAUCCGAAAACAGAGAAAUUUGUUUAAUACAAUUCCAUAUAACCGACCAUAUAACAGAUUGGACAGUCUUACUGACUAGCAGCAGUUUGCAGUUUCUGGAUCUGUAUUGUCUUGCAAGAUGAGCAACAAAACCACACGAUUACCGUCGCGGAAAAGCAGCGAUGAAAUCAGAAAGUCAAGUGGAAAGAGUCCACCACGAAGGAGGUCCUGCAGGUUGUCUGCAAGUGAUGUAAAUCUGGCCUCUAAAGUUGUGGCUCCACCUGUGGCUGUGAAACGGUCAAUCACUUUUAGGAAAAUUGCUCCCAGAAAAACUCAGGCCCUGUCUGACAGUAACAAGGAGAAUGUGGAAAGAUUAUCUGAAGUGCCGAAAAAGCUGUCCAGAGUCUUGACAUCAUCCCCAGCUGUGGCAACAGUGCCUAAGGCAGCUGUCCUCUCGCCCAUCCUGCCUACUUCAUCUCCAUCUUCUCAGCCCAAAGAAUCGGAGCAGGACCCCGUUUGGUCCCAAAAAGUGCGACGCUCUUACAGUCGCUUGAGUAUGGGGGAGAAGUCCUUUGAAAUCCCCAAAUCCCAUCAUGCACCUUCCACUUCUCCCAACAACCGAGAGACCCUGUUUGGUUUUGAGAGGCUUCAGACUCCAGAGGUGAUGCGCAAAACUGAGGGAUCUAGAGUAGCUCCUCUGGGCUCUGUGUCCAUCUCACUGGGUUCUUUCAACAUCUCCGCUGCUGAAGACAGCACGUCAAACCCACCAGAAAUUGAUCCAAACAUCCCGGGUGUGUGUCUGGGGAAGAAGACAACCAGGCGGAAGCGCGUACAACAGAUAAAGAUGUCAGAGUUGGACAAUCUUGCAGCAAAGAUGAAUGCUGAGUUUGAGGAAGCCGAAAGUUUUGAACUGGUUGUUGAAUGAAAUUUCUAAAGUGCCCCACACGCUCAGGACAUUUUCAGGACACGUCAUACUUUUCAACUUAUUACUUUUAUUAUUGUUCAUUAUGCUUACUGCCCUCUGUUUCUUCCUGCUUGCAAAAUCUUAACUAAAAGCAUGUUUUCAGAGAUCAAACUGUUUUGUUGUUCUGAUCAUUUUUCACAAUUUCACAAUCAUCAGCAAAUCUCUAAAUGACAA